AUGUCAAAUCUUCAUUGGUUACUUGUAUUAGAUGGAGAUAAUUUUAUUGUUAAUAGUUCAAAAUUGAUCGAAGAAUAUAUUCCAAAUGAUAAAAAUAUUCAUGUAAUUCAUUAUGAAAGAUUUUAUACUGGUGAAAUAACGGCAGGUGUAUACUUAAUUAAAAAUCAUGUAUGGUCACAUAAAUAUUUAUCUGUAUGGGUUAAUUUUUAUUCAAAAUUACCUAAAACAGGAUAUCAUAAUCAUGAUAAUGGUGCUUUACAUAUGGUAUUUUUAGAAAUGAUAGGUAAAGAUAGUGCAUCUCAAGAAAAAUGUUAUUCAAAAUAUUUACAAUCAACAAAUGAAUGGAAUUAUUAUAAAUAUCUUCGUUGUUGUAGAUGUGCAAUUGGUGGACAACGAAUAUUUAAACAUGUUCAUUUGCUUAGACGUGGUCAUGGAUUUUCAAGAGAUUUUGCAGUACCAUUUAUAAAUGAUUUCAUCUUACAUGGUUACAAAAGUGAUUUAAAUAAAUAUUUUUAUCAUACAGACAAAUGUACAAAUGAUUGGCUGUCGAAUAUACGUCAAGAAUUAUUUGUCUUUAAUAUGUCCAUAGCAAGAAAUAUGACAAUAGAAAAAGAUCAAUAUGCAAUGAGAAAAUAUUCAAUAAGUCUUGGAAUUCCGGAUAUAUCAGACUGUUGGCCAAAUUGUGAAAGGGAAAUAACCGGUGAAAAAUUAGUGAAAUAUUUACGUGCAUUAUGUCAUGACUAA